CGCAACCACGUCCGCCUGAUCAAGCCACCCCUCCCUCGCAGACUUGACGCCAAAGCGUAUCCUGUCAACCGGCUCAACUCGCUCAUAUCACCGCAGACCGGGACCUUCCAGUCCAGAGACAAUCACGUCCCAGGACAAGGUUGAACAUGUGGGUCACGCCGCGAGUCGCGCAACGAGCUAUGGGUGCGCUUGUUCAAAUCCGGCCAACAAGGUCAGCAUCGACGUGCAGCUUCCUGAAAGCUCGAGCAAUGCGCUCUUCGUCGAUUUUGCCUGUCGAAACGGCAUCUCGGGAGUUUGAAUGCAGGUCUAGGAGCUCCGGAAACGGCUUCAAUGACACCCUGAAGCUGACGCCCAACGUCGAAGGGAUCCGUCACAAAUCCAAAAAGUCCACAACGAAGAAAACGAACGCGACAGUGCCAGCUUCCGAGGAUGGACCGGCCGGAGCAUCAGAAAGUCGAAAAGGCUCUUCAGGAUCCAAAUCCUUCAACGUAGGUGGCGUGAACAGCAAAAAGAGAAGCGCUUCUGGUCGAACAGAGGAGGACUGGAACGAGGUUUUGGAUACUGAGGAAGCUUUCGAUGCUGAUCAAGUGCGAGAGAAUAUGAGCAGAAGCGUCAAAAGGGCCAAAGAUACCGUAGCCCAAAUGGUGGGAAGCUUUGGAAGAGUCGACCCCGCACUCCUCGACCCCGUCCGCGUGCCUCUUUCUGGAACUGGAACCUCAAAGGGUGAAGACUAUCCCUUGAGAGAGGUGGCCACAGUGGGCGUUCGCGAUGGGGCGCUGCUCGUUACUUGUUUCGAUCCAGAGUACGUCAAGGCUGUUGAGCGAGGACUCUACAUGGCGGAUCUAGGCUUGACGCCGCAACAAACGGGCGAGGAGGGUGUCCUCCGCAUUCCAGUUCCGCAACCGAACACGGAAUCCCGGCAAAAUCUUCUCAAACAGAUCUCAAAUAUUUGCGAGAAUGCCAGGACGUCGAUACGAUCUGCACGGCACAUAGCUCAGAAGAAGAUCAGAGCAGACGAGAAGAACAAAGUGGUUGGAACAGAGAUCGGUAGGAACGAUCAGAAAUCCCUUGACGAAACAACCAAAAAGUUCACCGCUGAGGUGGACACCGUCUUUGAACAGACCAAGAAGAAGCUUGAGAAAGAUGGCUUGUGAGGCGAGCGACAGAUGAGCGUGUACCGCGCCGUGCAUCUCCACCAAAAGCGCAUGCGCAUCGAGUCGAGGAUGCAAAAUGUUAGAUCAGUUUGAUGUUGUAUUGCACAAUGUGGAGAUGAAAGCGGCAUACUCGACGCUGGAAAUUGCAGGACUGAGGAAGCUUGGAAGCUCAAAGCGGCGCUGAUGAGUCAAGCAGGCGCAGAGCUCUGCAUCUCCAAAGCGGCGGGCUCGCUCAUCUUGACAGCUUCCACAA